AUGAUAUCGGUUGGAGUUGACGAGGCGAACCAAAAGCUGCUGGGUAGCUCGGACCGAUCCUGGGCAUCAGACGUCUUCCCGAUGGAAUCUGAGUCCUGGCAAGCUCUCAACUGGACUCGUCUUGCAUCCCUGAAUUUCACUCGACUGGUGAAGGCCACGAAAAAAGUAGCCGAGUCCCAUUCCGUGGAGGUGAUUUUCGCACAGGACGUGGAGCAUGCAGAGAACAACUCCGAGUUCGUGGGGAGCCUGUUCAAGAAGAUCGGUCCGAUCAUCCUGACGGUGCGCAACGCGACGACGAGCCAGGAGCCGCGCGCCAAGUUGGCCAUCGUCAUCGUCGACGAGGAGUUGGACGUUUGGGACCUGGUCAACCCCAACGGCACCGAUGACCUCUGGACCUCGACCAAGUACUACGUCCUCGUCACCGCCGCUGUCCCGCCCAACGUCCUCGAGCUCUUCCGCACCCUCUGGGACGUCUACUUUGUCAGCAACGUCCUCCUCUACGCCACCGACGGCAAAGAGGAAAAGAAAGUGGUGAACGUCUACAAUCCGUUCAAGAACUCGACGGAGGUGACGAGCAUCCACAUGCGGAACAUCGGGCGGAUCAAGAAGAUGAUGGUGCACCGGAUGAACGACCUGAACGGGUACCCGCUGCGGGUGAGCAUCUUCCCGGCCCGGAUGAAAGCCACUCCGCUGGGCAACGGCUCCUACUCCGGCCCGGACGGGUUCAUCCUUUCCACCCUCGCCCGCAGGAUGAACUUCAAACCCGUCACCUCCGAGCCCAAAGACGGCAAGAAAUACGGCUACAAGACUCCGAACGGCAGCUUCACAGGAACCCUGGGCGACCUAAUCAACGACCGGGCAGACAUCUCUUUCAAUAGUGUGUUCAUCAAGGACUACGAAACAACGCAAGUUCGGUUCACGCGACCGAUCGACUUCGACAAGCUCUGCCUGGUCGUCGCCAAGUCCGGACUCCGGCCCCACUGGAAGGGCAUGUUCCUCGCCUUCUCCGUCGAGAUGUGGCUCGCCAUGCUCUUCACCUACUCCUUCAGCAUCACCUUCUGGUGCCUACUCCGCAAGGUCAACUACGGCCGCUACUCCCUCGCCCUAACCACCCUCGAUCUCUACCGCAUCUUCAUCAUGCUUCCCAUCGACAGGGUUCCGGCAAUAUUGUCUGAAAGAGUGGCGCUGGUAUCCUUUCUCUGGUUCAGCCUUUCCACGGCUACGAUCUUCCAAGCAUCCAUGGUAAAGUUCCUCAGUUACCCUUCGUACGAGCCCGAUAUUGACACCUUGGAGGAGGUCGCUGAUAAAAACCUCCCUAUUUUAACGGCAUCACAGAACUUACGAGAAACUUUCGAAUCGGAUGAGCCUGUCAUGAAGACGCUCUAUGAUAAUUUUCAGGUGGUCCAUGACAAAAAUGUUGAAAUUCUGAGUAAAGUGGCUUACGAAGGUAAAGCUGCAGCUUUGGGACGAAUGAAUGAUCUCGAGGAAAAAAUUGCCACAAGUUACGUAAAAAACAAUCUAGUAUUGCUCCACAUCGUAGCGGACUGUCCUAAGGCCUAUCACAUUGCCUACAUGCUUCCUUACGAUUCUCCGUUCUUGGAAUCCAUCAACAAGGUGAUUUCGAUCUUCGUGGAGAGCGGGAUCAUCCACAGCUGGUACAUCCACUCGACGCCGUUCCGGCCGCUGUCGGACUACCACCAGACCCAGGAGACCUACAAGCCGCUCACCAUGUCCAACGUCGUCAUCGCCUUCAUCGUCCUCGGCUUCGGGGCCGGGCUCAGCUUCCUGGCCUUCGGCGCCGAGCUCCUCACCCGCGCUCUCCUCGGCGACGUCGACCGGGUCCAGCCCCAACUCCAGUACAGCUUCGACGGACACCUGGCCCGGAGAAGUCGGGUCGUCUACGAAACCACCAGGAACCGCAUCGGCAGUGAUAAGCCACUCAAGUUGGCUUGA